GGCGGGUGCCGGCCGCGGCUCGGCGGGGCCUGGCGGCGCCAUGAAGGAGUGCGAGUACCGGCAGAUCCCCCCGGGCGCGCCGCCCGCCCCGGAGCCGCCGGCCCGGGCCCCGCGCCGCAAGUGGGAGGUGUUCCCGGGCCGCAACCGCUUCUACUGCGGCGGGCGCCUCAUGCUGGCGCGGCACAGCGGCGUCUUCGCCCUCACGCUGGGGCUCAUCCUGGCCACCAGCGGCCUCUUCUUCGCCUUCGACUGCCCCUUCCUUGCCAGUCACCUGACCCUGGCCAUUCCCAUCAUCGGGGGUGUCCUGUUCUUCUUUGUCAUCAGCUGUCUGCUGCAGACGAGCCUCAGAGACCCAGGUAUCCUGCCCAGAGCCACCCCCAGUGAGGCUGCAGACCUGGAGAAACGGAUUGAUAACAUGGGCACCUCCACCUACCGCCCGCCCGCCCGGACAAUGGAAGUGGUUAUAAAUAAAUACAUGGUGAAAUUAAAGUACUGCUAUACCUGCAAAAUGUUCCGACCUCCCAGGACCUCUCACUGCAGCGUCUGUGAUAACUGUGUAGAGCGGUUUGAUCACCACUGCCCUUGGGUAGGCAACUGCGUGGGGAAGCGCAACUAUCGCUACUUCUACGCCUUCAUCCUCUCCCUCUCCUUCCUGACGGCCUUCAUCUUUGCUUGUGUCGUCACCCACCUCACUCUGCGCUCUCAGGGAAGUGGAUUCCUCACCACUCUGAAGGCAACACCAGCGAGUGUGCUGGAGUUGGUGAUAUGUUUUUUCUCAGUCUGGUCUAUUUUGGGCCUCUCAGGUUUUCACACUUACCUCGUCGCCUCCAACCUGACGACGAAUGAAGACAUCAAAGGGUCGUGGUCAAAUAAGAGAGGCUCAGAGUUUGCCAAUCCCUACAGCCAUAAGAGUAUCCUCACCAACUGCUGUGCAGUAUUGUGUGGGCCAUUCCAUCCCAGUUUAAUAGACAGAAGAGGAUUUAUCCAGCCUGAUGCUGGGACCCUGUCCAGUCCCAAGGGUGAAAUCCCUUCCUUUGGCGCCAAGACCGACACCAGCAUGGUAGGAGGCAUUCCCUAGUGGUGCUGUGAUGUAGUCCAGUGCCUGUCAUGCCUGUGCCUAGCUCCAGUCAGUACCUUCCCGUUAUCAUCUCCCUGACCUCAGGCAAGACAGCCCUGUGGUACAGAGCUGCCAAAGACUCAGUCAAACCAGGCGUUACCUUUGUAUUUAUUUAUUUUUUUGUUUCACUAUGAUACGGCUUACCUGGAUUUUCAACUGCUACAGCCUGAUGCCAAGCAAGACCUUGGCCUCACCCAAGGAGAGGGGUUCGAACCACAGCUGGGAAGCAAGAAGGGCUGCUUGGGAAACCUCAGUCUCUCAGAACCAUCCAAGCUUGGAGUGUCCGCUCCAGAGAGCUGCCAUCUUUGCUGCGGGGAUUAGCUGAAUGGGCUGCCAUGCCUUUGGGGGGCUGAGGAUGGGUGCUGCAUUCUAGAUUGGGGGUUGGGUUUUGGGGGAGGAUGAAGGCUGAAAGCUAGGUCUCCCUGCUGUGUCUCUACAGAUGCCUCCUGCAUCUCUGCCCCAAGAGUGCGAGGGGCAGCUUCAUGUGUCAGUAUAAGCUACGUUCCCAUCUGGGUCUGCGGAAUAUAUAGCGUCCCUUUCCCAGCAGCACUGGUACUUUUCAGAAUUGAAGCUGGGUGGCUGGGAUGACAUUCUCGUUCCCAGGUGCUGGGGAGAGCUCUGAGGGUCCAGACCCAUAUGAGGCAGUGAGCAUAGGCAGGGAAAUAGAUGUGCCAUCCCAGUUGCUGUUCAGUGCUGGCUCUCACCUGGUCACAGAGGAAGGUGCUGACCAACCCUUCCUAGUGUUGUAGCCAUUUCAGCCAGUAAGAAGCCAUGCAAGGAUACAGUCCAGAGGAGCUCCUAGUUUUAAUGGUUAAAAACAAAAUAAGCAAAGUAUUUUGUGGGUGUAAUGGGGAGAUGCUGCCCUUAGAUGGUCACCUGUCAGACCUCUGCCCAACACUAGGUGGCUAACGCGUGAGUGGGCUCCAGCAUUGAAGAGGCACAGCUUGCCCAAAUUGGGUUACCCUGAGUGCUGGUGUCAGUUAGCGCAGGUUUGGAUUCCUGGCCAGUAGAAUAGAGAGUGGGGCCACCUGCUGGCCCUCUGGGAAUGAUUCCUCUGAGUUUGUCUGCCCCAGGUGGCACCAUACCUGUUGCUGCCCCAUACCAGGUGUUCACCAGUCUGCCUUGUGGAGUACUGACACUGGUGAGUGUGUUUAGGAGAGUUACAGACACAUUAGCAAUACUUGAAAUGUGUUUAUUAAAAGCUGCUGGGUAUUUUUGCACAAUUUUGUAGAUUUUUUUCUAAGUAGUAUUUUUUUGUGUGUCGGUGUAGAUAGCUGCUGUACAUAUUCCUGGCACCAGGGUAGAGAUUUGCAAUGUUUGUUCUGUGUUAAGGCACUUGGUUAGACGCCCCAGGCGUUGCAGUAUGUAUCGGACCCAAGCCCUUUCAUCUUUCUCACCUGUGCUUUUAUCACUAGCCAGUGUGUUUGUGGGGCAGAUUGUCACAGAGGUAUUCCCCAGUACUCUGCUUUGCACAUCAUGAAUGACAGCACGCUAGCAGAGAAUUGCCAGCCGCUGCAAACAUAAGGGGAACAUAGGGUGUGUGGAAGGGGCUGGUAUUGCUUAAGGCAUCCCUCAUUCGCCUUAUCCUGUGAGUCAGUCUGCUGAGCAGUGGUGAGCUUCAAUGGGACAAUGUUUAAAUGCACCCCCCAGCAUGGUGUUCUCACAUUCCAUGCAUUUCCCUUCCCUCUAGUUUUUGACACUCUUUUGUAGCCCAGUUUUGUUGCUGGCCAGAAAAUGUCACAAAUCCUGACUGUUCAAAGAGCAGGGCAUGAGAUGUGCCCCGCCCCUCCACCACCCACGUCCUGGGGUUGGGAACUUGGGAUCUGCAUUUACAUGCUGCAGGCUUCUUGCAGAAGGCAGUGGUUUUAGGUGGGGCUUUAAGAGAAGCUUUAGCUGAGAAGAAUAUUGGACAAUUUCAAACCAUUCCUUUUUGGAGAUUUGAUUAAACAUCUGCUCCUUCCACCCUGUAAAUGUUCCUCUUGCUUCAUGUUUCUGGCUCAGGGCAUAGAGAGCUCACUAUUCAAGUGAGAAGAGGCAUGGCAGGGGUGCUGUUGUCAGUGGACUGAUCUUAUAGGAUAGCCGGGGGUGGUGGUGCUGCUGCCUUGUUAUGGCUGGGGACUGUAUGAUUCGGUCUUCAUAUGUUGUUCUCAAUCAGUCCCCUUUCCAGCAGGGUGACUAGUCCAAAGCCAGCCCCCGUUCUUAGUGACCAAAACAUUUACCAGCUGUUCCUCGGAGAAGCAUCCUUGCACCACACACACACCGAUGUUAGUGUUCCCCAUAGCUGGCAGCUGAGUGAAGAAGGGUUGGUACCAGCAUGUAGCAUAAAUUAUCAUAAAUGACCUCUGCAGCUCAGGGGUGAGGCAGGCUGGCAGGGCAGCUCGCUCUGCAGAUUGACACACAAGGCUAGAGCUCACGUGCCUUGCCACUACUAGCCUGAUCUUCAGCUCAGACGGCUCAGUGCAACAGUGUAAAAAGCUGCUGCCGUGUCUGGAAAAUAACACUCCAGAAAUCCUUUCCAGAAAUCAUACUGCACGGCAGUUACCGUCUGUCUUCCACUUGUCCACAAAAUAGCCGGUGUUCUUAAUACAAUGGCACUAACUCUCCCAUGGCCCUGAUGCUGUGUUCAUUGCUUGUGUAAUGGUAGGACUAGCAGAUGUGUGUAGAGGGUCAGUAAAGCUACGCUCUGAGCGGCUGCAGCUUUAAUGGGAAAGGAUGGGAAAACUGACCCCGCCUCUUACAGGAGUUCUGAAGGAGGGAGAGGGAGGCAAACUCACUUCCGUUUGAACUGGUUCUCUUGUUACUUGCUGUAAUAAAGUUAUAUUUUUAAAGUUAA